GGGGGGCCUGGGGGUGACCCCUUCCCUCCCUCGGUGACCCCGGCGGGGGCCAUGGCGCUGCGGGAGCUGGUGGAGGCGGAGUGCGGGGGUGCCAACCCCCUGCUGAAGCUGGCCGCCCACUUCACCCGCGACCAGGCCCUGAGGAAGGGCCCCGGGGAGACCCCCAUCCCGGUCUCCAAACCACUGGGAGUGGCAACUGAGAAUGAGCUGGUGGCAGAGUUUCUGCAGGAUCAGGAUGUCCCGCUCCCGGCCCAGGCCCCGCAGACCUUCAAGAUGGACGAUUUGCUGGCGGAGAUGCAGGAGAUCGAACAGUCCAGCUUCCGCCAGGCGCCUCAGAGAGCCCCCGGCGUGGCCGACCUGGCCCUCUCGGAACACUGGGCCCAGGAAUUCCUGGCCGCCGGGGACGCCGUGGACGUGGCCCAGGACUACAACGAGGCCGACUGGUCCAAGGAAUUCAUCUCCGAAGUCACUGACCCCCUGUCCGGGUCCCCGUCCCGCUGGGCGGAGGAGUAUCUGGAGCAGUCAGAGGAGAAGCUGUGGCUAGGGGACGCCGAGGGGGGCACCGCCACCGCACCCGCUGCUGCUGACCGCUGGUACGAGGAAUAUCGUCCCGAGGAGGAUCUCCAGCGAACGGCCAGCGACUUUGUGGCCAAGGUGGAUGACCCCAAACUGGCCAACUCAGAGUUCCUGCGGUUCGUGCGGCAGAUUGGCGAGGGCCAGGUGGAGCUGGAGGCCAGUGCGGGGUCGGGCCAGGACCAGGCAGAGCGGUGGGCGGCAGAGUUUAUUCAGCAGCAGGGCACGUCGGACGCCUGGGUGGACCAGUUCACGCGCUCGGCGACUACCCCCAGCCUCGAGUCGGAGUUCGAGAGGGCCAAGACGGCCGUGGAGUCUGACGUCGAUUUCUGGGACAAGCUGCAGGCCGAGUGGGAAGAGAUGGCCAAGCGGGAUGCCGAAGCUCACCCUUGGCUCUCGGACUACGAGGACCUCACCUCUUCUUCCUACGAUAAGGGGUACCAGUUCGAGGAAGAGAACCCCCUGAGAAAUCACCCCCAACCCUUCGCCGAAGGGCUACGCCGGCUUCAGGAGGGCGACCUGCCCAACGCCGUGCUUCUCUUCGAGGCGGCGGUCCAGCAGGACCCCGAACACAUGGAGGCCUGGCAGUACCUGGGCACCACCCAGGCGGAGAACGAGCAGGAGCUGCCGGCCAUCAGUGCCCUCAGGAGAUGCCUGGAGCUGAAACCGGACAACCUGACGGCCCUCAUGGCGCUGGCCGUGAGCUUCACCAAUGAGUCCCUGCAGCGCCAGGCCUGCGAGACCCUGCGCGAUUGGCUGCGCCACUCUCCGGCCUACUCCGGCCUCGUGGGGCCCCGGGAGGACGGGGCCGCCGGGCCGGGGCUGGGCCCCACCCGGCGCAUCCUGGGGUCCCUGCUGUCCGACUCCCUGUUCGUGGAGGUGAAGGAGCUGUUCCUGGAGGCCGUCCGGCUGGACCCCGCCACCAUCGACCCCGACGUGCAGUGCGGCCUGGGCGUCCUGUUCAACCUGAGCGGCGAGUACGACAAGGCCGUGGACUGCUUCAACGCCGCCCUGAGCGUGCGCCCCACUGACUACUUGCUGUGGAACAAGUUGGGAGCCACGCUGGCCAACGGCAACCAGAGCGAGGAGGCGGUGGCCGCUUACCGCCGGGCCCUGGAGCUGCAGCCCGGCUACAUUCGCUCCCGCUACAACCUGGGCAUCAGCUGCAUCAACCUGGGUGCUCACCGGGAGGCGGUGGAGCACUUCCUGGAGGCCCUGAACAUGCAGCGGAAGAGCCGGGGGCCGCGGGGGGCCGGGGGGGCCAUGUCGGACAACAUCUGGAGCACGCUGCGCAUGGCGCUGUCCAUGCUGGGCCAGAGCGAUGCCUAUGGGGCGGCCGACGCCCGGGACCUGCCCACCCUGCUGCGCACCUUCGGCCUGCCGCAGUGACCGGGGGACGGGCUGCCCUGCGAGUGCCCGCCGGGACCCCCGCCGUGACCCCCCGCCCCCCAGCCGGGCCUCCCGAGGGGGCGGGCCGACCCCGGGUCCCCCGCCCCGGAGGACACGCUGCCUUUUCUGCGGGUGCCCCCCAAAGCGGGCCCACCUCCCGCCCACUGCCGGCUUUGUCAGGUGCCUCCCCCAGAGCGGAGUUGGGGGCCGGGGGCCACCCCAUCCCUCCCUCCAGCUGUCAGUCGGGGGCCGGGCUGGGAUGAUUGGAAGCGUGUUGGAAGUGUGUCGGACUGUGGGAGGGUUGCCAGUGGACAAUGGCUGGCGGGUGGCCUUGCCCUCUGCCCCCCACCCUCUCUCGGGACUUUGAACCCUGUUAUUGGAGGGUUGCUGCUGGACUCAUCCCCUUGGUCAGGCGGGCAGGGGCCGUGGGGCAGCCGGACCCGGUCCCCGCGGGCCAAGCCGGACCCUUCCCCACCUCCCCUCCCACCCACCCACCCCAUUCCCUCUCUUCC